AUGGCCAAAUUUGUAAAGAUGAUCACCGCAGCUGUCCUCUUCUUGGGAUCCGUUUCAGCUGACGUCUGCGCUGUUGAAGAUCGAACUGUUGGAGAAUACAAUUACUGGGGAGCGCCAAACUGCUUUCAACUCUGUGGAAAUUGUGCUAAUGAUGUUAUUUGCGAUGAAGCGACUGGAAAUUGCCCGGAAAAGGCCUGUGCCGAAGGGUGGAAAGGAGAGAAGUGCGAUGAACCAAUUUGCGAUGAAAAGCUUUGCGGCAAGGGUCUUUGUGUCGCACCGAACAAAUGCACAUGCCCCUCUCUUCUUGCCCAGUACAAGAAAGGAGAUGACAAGAUCGGCUGCUACUCCCUUCGCGCGGACGGAAUCAAAGGUGCCUUCCUCGCCAUGGGAAUCUUGAUCGUCUCCAUCGUCACCUGCUGGGGCAUCGGCAAGCACACCCAGAAAAGCGCCUAA